CGCCGCCGUCAAACUCUAACUUAUUUCCCCGAUGAAUCACUUGGCAAAAAUCUUCCAGUCUUCUGGAUGUAUCCAGGGUCUCAUGUCGAAUCAUCCAGAGCUGAUGCGGAUCGCCCACGACGCCCAACAAGGAGAUAAAGGCGGGCCUAUUACCUAGGGCAGACUAUCUACUCCUAUCUUGUGAUGUGUACUCUGCAUUGUGCUGUACGUACCUAGAUACCUCCUGCAACCACCGUCUGCAGAAAAUGCUACACCGGUUCUGUCUCGCUUCAGCUCUCUAUCUCAAAUCCUGCCACGAUGGAAGUGGAUCGCGGAGGGGAGGAAGAGAAAACACGCAAUCCACCGUCGUUGUCGCCUCCUCCGGGCGCCUAUCAUUCAAUCAAAAAUCCAAUGAAUCGAAAAGCGAAAGCGAUAUCCGGCCGCAGUGCCCUUCACAGACAAGAGCAAAUCCCCCGCAUCCGCACCCGAAAUUGCAAUUGCGCGAUAUAUACUCUGAUGCCCCGAAAGGGAAGCUUUCCCCAAGUUCCAGUGUGAUUCGCCCCACUAUGAGACAGACAUUCACAUUGAUGCAUCCUCCAGAAGCGGCAGCAGCGUUAUUGCGGAUUAUUGAUCUUGAGCGGCGACGUCGCUUGGUAGUCCGACGAGGUUCACUUCCCGCCAUGAACGAACCAUUCCCUUCACGCAGGCGUCAAUGCUACAAAUCCAUCAAGACCACCCUCAACUUCAUUACCACCCCUUGGGAAGCCCCUGGCGCACAUCCGAAAGCCCAGCGUAUCCGCAACAGCCGGAAUACACCUUGUCUCCACCCCCAUCCAACACCUUCCACACAAAUUGAAGCACACAUGCCUACCUCCUUUUGGCCUGGCCUUGCUUGCCCUCAAGCUCGUGCUGAGAGAAUUGGGCGGCCACGAGGUCACCCUACCAUCCUGAAACAGAUUCGUGUUGACGCUUCUAGCUUCGGGCUAGAAGGGGUGCAAGUGGGUCAAGGAAUGGUGAUGGUAUGGAGAUGCACCUGAUAGGCAGGCUUGUCAUUAUGCAUCAUUUGAGGGGAAGAGUUGGCGAGCGAUCGCUUGUUGCAUCAUGUUUCCAGAAGCGGUAGCAUUGCU